AUGACACUCGAACAUUUCUCGACAAAGACAUGGAAAACAGUAGAGUAUAGCCAUUCCAAACAAGUCAAAACUGAGAAGGCCGGAAACUCCGUUGCCUCACCGCCCUCAAGACAACAACUUGACAAGGCGGCCAAGGCAUGCGGCAAGGGUGUAGAAAAUCCACGUGGAAAAUUCGAGGCGAAGUCAGCUGCCAAAGGCCAAGAUGAAUUUGACAUUGAGGCCAAGCAGGCUGAGCACAGGGCUGUUAUAGAAGUUUUGGGUACACGUACCUUGCUGGGAAGAUGCAACCAACGGAUACCAUCCGGAUAUGUUUCAGUGGUCUGCAAGCGCCACUGCACAACGGUUGACGUGGAGUUUGUUGAGCACAAGGCAGAAAGGUACGCCGGCAAAUGCUUGAAUAUGGAAGCAGGUGUGCGAAAGUAUUGGCAUCGCGGUCGUAAACCGCGGUCGGAAAGACGGCAACUCCAAGACAUGAACAAAGAGAGGCUUAGUGAGUCGGGUCAGUUGCUCGGAGGCAUCCGAUACUCUCAUCUCCAGCCUGAUGCCAGGUCGGUAUACCAAGUUGCUGUGCCGCCUCGAGACACCAAAGCUCAGUGA